GCACCCACGCCGCCAGCAGACAGCCAGGCACCUACGCCGCCAGCAGACAUCCAGGCACCUACGACGCCAGCAGCCAGCCAGGCACCAGCCAGCCAGGCACCAACCAGCCAGGCACCAGCCAGCCAGGCACCAGCCAGCCUGGCACCAGCAGCCAGCCAGGCACCAGCCAGCGGGCCAGGCACCAGCAGCCAGCCAGGCACCAGCAGCCAGCCAGGCACCAGCAGCCUGGCGCCAGGCACCAGCAGCCUGGCGCCAGCUGCUCGAGCCGCAAGAAGAAGCGCAAGGACAAG